AUGGCUCGUGCCUUCUCCGUCCUCUUCCUGGCAGCGGCCUGUGCGCUGGCGUGGUGCACACCUCGCAGCUUCGUCGGCACAGCCAUCUCAUCCGCUUCGGCCCAGCCGCGGACGGCGCUGCGCGCAGAGGUGAAGAAGGCCCCGAAGAAGAAGGCCAAGGGACCCUGGGUUGGCCCCAAGAAGGGGUCCUGGGUGAAGAUCCUGCGGCCUGAGUCCUAUUGGUUCCAGCAGAGGGGGCAGGUGGUGAAUGUCAACCAGAAGCCGGAGGUGAAGUACCCAGUCACGGUGAAGUUUGACUCCGUGAACUAUGCGAACGUGAACACCAACGGCUACGCCCUCUGGGAGGUCAUCGAGGCUCCUGCACCAGGACCUGGUGAGGUUUGA